UCGUACGAGACGCCUGCGCGCGGCGCCCCAACUGGAAAAGCAGUGCACUCGCGACGCCGGCAGCGCGCGCGCGCGCCACACAGCACAGACACCGACACGGCGGCUGAUAUGAUCUCGACGCCCGUGGCUCCCAGGAGGAGCCGAAGGAUGUGCUCUCUGCUGCUUGCUGUCGGAUGCGCCACAACCAGCGCCUGGUUCGCUCAAGCGGUCGACCACAUCGACAAAGGCUACCCAGCACCGGGACUCUUCGACGAUGUCGACCUUCAAAUAUUGGACAACAUCUUAUGGAGCUACGACCGACGUAUCACCCCUGGCCACCAUUUAAACGUUCCCACAGUUGUAAAGUGCGAGAUAUAUCUGAGGAGUUUUGGCGCUGUAAACCCGGCAACAAUGGACUACGACGUAGACCUGUAUCUACGUCAGACGUGGACGGACUUGCGGAUGAAAAACGCCAACUUGACCCGUUCCCUAGACUUGAACGACCCGAACCUCCUCAAGAAGGUGUGGAAACCGGACGUCUACUUUCCAAACGCCAAGCAUGGAGAGUUCCAGUUCGUCACUGUUCCCAACGUUCUCUUGAGGAUAUACCCUACUGGCGACAUACUCUACAUGUUGAGGCUAAAGCUGACGUUCUCGUGUAUGAUGAACAUGGAGAAGUACCCCCUGGACCGACAGGUCUGCAGCAUUGAGCUGGCCUCGUUUUCCAAGACGACCAAGGAGGUGGAGCUCCAAUGGGGGAAUGCCGAAGCCGUCACAAUGUACAGUGGUCUAAAGAUGGCGCAGUUCGAGCUGCAACAGAUCAGCUUGACUAAGUGCAGCGGCGCAUUCCAGAUAGGCGAGUACAGCUGCUUGCGCGCUGAGCUCAACCUGAAGCGUUCCAUCGGUCACCACCUGGUGCAGUCCUACCUGCCGUCUACGCUCAUCGUGGUGGUGUCGUGGGUGUCCUUCUGGCUCGACGUGGACGCCAUACCGGCUCGUAUCACGCUGGGCGUCACCACGCUGCUCACCAUUUCGUCCGAAAGCUCCGACCACCAGGCCAACCUGGCGCCGGUGUCGUACGUGAAGGCGCUCGACGUAUGGAUGGGCACGUGCACCAUGUUCGUGUUCGCCGCGGUGCUCGAGUUCACUUUCGUCUCCUACCUCGCACGCAGAAAGCUUAUUGUGCCCGCAUCCAUGGGGGACGUCGAGGCAUCCCAAGAUCUUGUCCUUGUCGUGGGAAACAGCGACAAAACUAGGGCUACGUCGCCGUCCAUUCCGACGUCCACCCACGUGAUCUUGGCUUACAGACAUCGUGCAAAGCAGAUCGACCAAGUGAGCCGGGUCGCCUUCCCAAUCGGCUUUUUCCUCUUCAACGCACUCUACUGGCCCUAUUACAUGCUCUAGCCGGCCGUGGUCUCGGCGCCUGUUGUUGCUUCUCCCAACGUGAAGUCGUACGCCGGAACAAAAAAGGACUGGCUGGGUCCCCCUGGGAAACGGUCCACUGCUGUGCUUUGAAAAGGGCUGCCAUCACUGACUCACGUUCUCGGGGAAACAAAAUCUACACUCUUUGUUCAGCCGUACUCCCUUUUAUUUUCUUACGAUAACGGUUUGUGUUGGUUUGCGUUGAUAAUGUUUUGUGUUGUCUUGCGUACAGCCGAUGUGCUGUCAAUGGAGCGUCUCGGCCUGAGUCGGGUGGUGACACAUUGAUGUGUUGCUUGAGACCGUAGCCUUCUCUGUUGCACGGAUGUUGACAUCACUGUAGUCAAGACAUCCAUGGCUGUAGGUGUCGGCGGGUAUAUUUGUAAAUAACAACUAAUUUAAUUAUCGAAAUCAUGGUUGUACUUAGGGCUCUUUCAGAUUAGCUUCGACAGUUCACGAAUAAUCGACCAGACACAGCACAAUUUACACCUAAAUGUAGUUGACAUCAGAGCAUAUUUGUUUAAAUUCAACGCUACGCCAACUUCAUGACCAACGCAGUAAGAAUGCAGGAACAAAGCAAUCACUUAUUCCUUUUUUGUUUAGUAGUGAGUAAAGGCAGUAAAGUUAAAGAUGCGGUUGCUUUUCUAUGUACAUGCUUUUCAGCUCUUGACAUGUAAGCCUAGAUCUAUUGAUCGACAGCAGCCACGCAGUUAUACGCUCUAAGAAAAAACAAGUACAUGUUACUCUUUUUUCAUAUACGCUGCAUUUACCUGGCAAGUACAGACUUGCCGUUUCAAAGAGAGUUCACGUCUUUUUUUUAAAAAGAGUCAUAUAUCUGGCAAGUCAGGACUCAGAAGAGUUCUGACUUGCCUUUGUUAUGACGGGGUACGUUUCAUCUAUUUAAGUUGGUACAACUGAAUUACCUUCGAAAUGGCGGACACGAGUAUCCUAUACAGGAAUUUUACUGGCGUUUUCUGUAUCAAGCAUUCUAUUUAGAUUAUUUAUUAUCUACCCAGCACUGGCAUAAACCCAGGAGCAGUGAAGUCAACUUUUGUUCACUACCUCAAUGAUUUUUCUCCCUCCACGUUUUUGAUGUGAUACUGCAGGCUACGUAACCGUGUACAUAGAGUCGACGUUAAGAGUUCAUCGUUUAUCUUUGAAAAUGAAAGCAUUAUCAAUCAAUAAAAUACGGUGCAUGUCAAUGUGGUUGACGAUGUAGACACAUUUGUCGCUAAGGUUUAUCAUCUUUCUUGUAUCUUUACGUUUGCAAGGUAAAUCACAGCGAUUUAUGUGAUUUUUGUUCUCUAACGGUUUCAACAAUUUUUAGCGUGUCGUUUACACCAACAAGGUGUGGGUUCGAGCUUGUUGGUACUCCAUGAUCAACACUUCUUGCACAAAAUUUUCUUAGACGACGG